AUGUCGGUGACCACGGGCUUCAGUUACCAGCUCCCUGGAAUCACCACAGUAACCUAUGUGUUUGUUUACAGCCCCGGCUCAGUGCAGCGAGACCCCAGCCCACCUCAUCACACCCCUCCAGCACUGACAGGCCCCCGUGGGCCCAAAAGGAAACUCUACAGCGCUGUCCCAGGACGAACCUUCAUUGUGGUCAAACCAUACACACCACAAGGGGACGGAGAGAUCCAAUUAAACCGGGGAGAGCGGGUGAAAGUAACAGAUGACUAUCUGGACACAGAUGUGAGGAUUCUGAAGAAUACGCUGACUUUAGUGAUGAAUAUGAUGAAGAUGAAGAUCUUAGAGUGCUUUGCAUUGCUGAGCAUUGGGGAAGGAGGAUUCUGGGAAGGCACAGUCAAAGGGCGAACGGGCUGGUUCCCAGCAGACUGUGUGGAAGAAGUUCAGAUGAGGCACUAUGACCCACGGCUAGCGCAGGCAGAGCUGCCUACGGCCUGCAGUUCAUCUGCAGCCAGAGCUCGAGGGGACAUGCAGGAAGAGGGCUCAAAGGUUAAAAGAGAUAAUGACCAAGAUGAGUCCAAACUUAAUAAAAAUGAAGAGACUCGAGAGGACCGCAAUAAGAGACUGUUCAGGCACUACACUGUGGGAUCUUAUGACAACUUCACCUCAUACAGUGUGUUGUAUUCUUACCUGCUGUACCUCUGCUCCUUCUUCAACAGUGACUACAUCAUAGAGGAGAAGAAUGCUGUUUUACAGAAGAAAGAAAAUGAGGGCUUUGGUUUUGUUCUGCGAGGAGCCAAAGCUGAGACUCCCAUCGAAGAGUUCACCCCCACCCCAGCGUUCCCUGCUCUACAGUAUUUGGAGUCCGUGGAUGUGGAAGGAGUGGCCUGGAGGGCUGGACUGAGGACAGGGGACUUUCUUAUUGAGGUAAACGGCGUGAAUGUUGUGAAGGUGGGCCAUAAGCAGGUUGUGUCCCUGAUCCGACAAGGGGGCAACAGACUGCUGAUGAAGGUGGUGUCUGUCACACGCAAACCUGAAUCUGAAGAAGUUGUUCGUAAGAAAGUGGGCUCAUCAACUGAGGGGUAUCCUUGCAGCACAGAGAUCAUAAAGCCGCAAAUUCAGAAGACACACUGA